AUGGAGAACGACGACCCUCAGCUCUACCAAUAUGGCACGCCUCAGUCCAGCAACUCCUUCAAGCGCCCGCGCCGCAGCCUCCAGAGUUCGAUGCCGUUGAGUAGCGUGUCCGAGAGCGCGACCUCGUCACCGCGAAUCUCGGCCCAUGGCUCGCUGAACCCCACCGUAAUCGAUCACAUCCAUGGCCUCAAGCACCUGGACGAUCAACAGAUCUUGCUGCUGUUGCAGGCGGCACGAAAUGGAGACGGCAUGCGGGUCCCCGACCGAUCAUCCAUGAUGUCGACAUCUACACUAGGCAGCUGCGCGUCAUCCUACUUGAGUGUACCUUCUAGCAGAGUGCCAAGCAUGAUGUCGGACCCUCGCUCAUCGAUCGCCUCGACCGACUCUUCCUUCACCCACUAUAGCGCCGCCUCCUCUCGCAUGUCCACAGCUUCCUCCCGUCUUUCCACCAUUUCUACCGCAUCGACACCGGCACCGAAGAACUUUGCCUGCACCUUUUGCGACAAGGCUCUCAAGUCGAAGCCAUAUUGGAAGUCACACGAGGAGGAGUUCCAUGAGCAGCGGUUGACAUGGCGCUGUCCGGAUUGCGAGCAGAUCUUUCACGCUGGCAAGCGCUUCCGCGAGCACCACACAAAACUUCACGGCUGUGAGCACUGCAAACAACCAAGGGAGAGCGGUCAGCCCACUAGCAGGAAGGCUUCGCCCUGCGUCAAGAAGUAUGAGAUUGUCAUGCACGACAAGGAUGCUUGGGGCUGCGGCUUCUGUGCAACCCUAUUAACUACAUGGGAAGAGAGAUGCGAACACAUAGCAUUACAUUUCGAAGAGAAGGGGGGAGCAAAGUGGAACUUCACCAACGUCAUCCUUGGACUGCUGAAGCAAUCUGAUGCUGCAAACGCGUGGAACAACCUCCUGACACAACGCCACGGGGACGAGCAAAACUGGCCCAAGCUGUCAUGGGAAUCGAAGAAGUGCAACCGUCUGCGAUACAAAUUGGAGACGAAAUGGCACACCAGUGCCUUCGACAUGGAGAAGCUGGUACAAGAUACCUACGACCUUGCCGAGAUCGAACCAAAAGAUGCUGUCGACUCCGCCCCCGAGAUGACGCCUGACGUGUCUGAAGCCGACAACUCUGCACAUAGCGAGAUUGUCGAGUUCAAGCUCGAGACGUCAGACUUUGGAAACGAUGCAAGGCUACCGAGCUCGCGUGGCGUCCCACAGGAUCAGCACAUGAUGGAUCUAGAUCCUGUAGAACCUCAGCAGGUCUUGCAUCAUCAGCAGUCCUUCCAGCAGAGCCAGUGGCCCGUCAGUGCCGACAUGUCGCAAGCUCACCUGACCACAGACACCAACAUGGGAGCCUAUGGAGGUUACAACCCAAGCAUGGCGACCAUGUCAGCGUCCUUCACGCAACCGAUACCGCAACAAAGCUUUCACCAGCAACAAACGUGGCCCAACACUGAUUUCGUCGCGACCACUGAUCUCAUCAACUUCCAACAGCCGACAUCGUACAUGACCUAUACGCAGCCGAAGGAAGUCGUGUCUGUCCCAACCUCACAGUAUGCCAAUUUCGCGCACUACCCGCAACAACAGCAACAACCCCAACAACGGCAGAGCGUGCCUCCCAAUUUCAUGCAACAUUCCGAAAGCCAGCCCUCUUCUCGAAAAUACGUUCCCAAGCUGGUCAACAUAUCAAAUUCGAGCCACCGAGCCAUGCACCCGCAGCAACAGCAACAACAGCAGCAGCAGCCGCCUGCGCCUCCUCCCAAAGAUGAGUUACAAGGGAAUCGUUUCUCGAGAAUGAUUAUGCGAAGGAAGCCGAGCAAUAUAUCACAACACAGUGGAAACAGGGACACCAUGAGCUGGAACAACGAGAUGAACUGGGGCUGA